AACCGUUUCCAGUGAAUGACAACUUCAGCUGUUUUGUACAGCGUUGCCAGAUCUAUUCACUUAGCUUAAUGCCCAGAAGUAGCAAAACAUUUUACAAUUUCUUAUUAAUAAAAACCAUUUUUUGCUGAAUCAAAAUGCCAGGAGACGCGGAAAACACCAGUGCGGACACCACUAAUGACCAUAUUGAUCUGUCCUUGUACCGGCAGUUGGUCAAACAGUUUAUAGACAUGCGUCGCUACUCCACGGCGCUUUUCUGGGCGGAGAAGGUGGCCGUACUGAGUGGUCAGGAGCCCAGGGAUAUCUACUACCAGGCGCAGUGUAUGUUCCUGCUAGGGGAGUACCAUCGAGCCGCCCACACGAUAAAACACCACAAGCUGGAGAAAAACUCACUGCCGUGCUUCAAUCUCCUACUGGAAAGCCUUUAUGCUGCCAAGGAGUUUACGGAAGCAGCUACAGCCAUCCAGAAUGUAGAGGUAGAGGUCAUGACCACCUCGCUGAUCAAUCAGCCCGUUGAUGCUGGCAGUGGCUGUUACCUAGAGAGCAACAGCGUCUUUGGUGGCGAAGAAAACCAUAGGAACGAACUCCUCUCAUCCAUUUACCUGAUGAAGGGCAAGGUGUACGAGGCCCUCGACAAUCGCGGCAUGGCUAUGGACUUUUAUGUCCAGGCUCUUCACAAAUCCAUCUAUUGUUUUGAGGCUUUGGAGGCGCUUGUUCAGCACGAGAUGCUAAUGGCUUGGGAAGAAUUUGAGCUGAUGCAUCAUUUGCCGCUGGCACAGCAAUCUAGCGAAACGGACGCCAAGUUGAUAUUAAAACUCUACGAAUCCCGCCUGAAAAAGUACUACGAGUUAAUUUCGGCCCGCAAUGCUGAGGAGAUAUCUCCCAUUGUUAAUCCGGAUAUACUCAAGUUUAUUAAAGAAUUUACAGCCCGUGUGCAGCAGACCAGUUCCUCGGACACUCAGAUGCCCAAAGCAAGCGCCAUCAAGGUGCCGCUUACGCCCAGUCAGUUCAUGUCGCCCGCCCAGAAAGUUUUGGAGGAUCUCAAGGCACCAACUUUCUCCCUGCAAACGAGUCUUUCAAAGGCCUCUUCUCUUAUUGAUGCCUCACAUAGGUCCAUGUUCGACUCGUUCAGCAGGAGGCGAUCGCGUGAUCAUGACACAGACACCCUGAUUUCCCUCGGAGACUGCCUGGAUCGAGUGCAACGCAGUACGGAUAUAAUGGCCUCCGAAGCUGAGAAGUGUUUCUACGAUUGCGACUACAAACAGUGCCUGCGAAUACUUAAUGAACUACUAAAGGUGGAUCCGUUCCAUAACAACGCUCUGACUAUUCAGAUUGCCUGCCUAGUGGAGAACGGCGACUUCAAUAGGUUGUUUUACGUGGCUCACAAGCUGGUGGAUCGCUAUCCGGACAAAGCGAUCUCCUGGUACGCCGUGGGCUGCUACUACGACAUGAUUGGCAAAAGCGAUCCCGCCCGCCGUUACCUCUCCAAAGCUACUUCUUUGGAUCGACUUUAUGGCCCCGCUUGGUUAGCCUACGGACACAGUUUUGCCAAUGAGAAUGAGCACGAGCAGGCAAUGGCUGCAUAUUUUAAAGCCACACAGUUGAUGCGCGGUUGCCAUCUGCCGCUGCUCUAUAUCGGUGUGGAAUGUGGUUUAACCAAAAACCUAGAGCUGGCCGAGAAGUUUUUCCUACAGGCUAUGAAUAUAGCGCCGCUAGAUGUUUAUGUUCUCCAUGAACUGGGCGUUAUUAAGUACGAGUAUGAGUUUUUCGAUGGCGCUGCCACAAUCUUCCAGUGCACCGUAGACAUUGUGAAACAGCGGGCGAAGCUCAACAACGAGGAGAUCUCGGCCCGCUGGGAGCCGCUCUUCAUCAACCUGGGACACUCGUUGCGCAAAGUGCAUAAGUACGAGGAAGCCCUUUAUAACUUUCAAUAUGCCCUUCUUCUAAAGCCUCAGAGUCCCACUACUUACACUUCUAUAGGAUUUAUACAUGCUCUGCUGGGCAAUCUAGAUCCCGCCAUAGAAGCUUUCCACAAGAGUUUGGCUCUUAACAGAGACUGUAUUGUGACAUCUACCAUCCUUAAGAGUUGCAUUGAAGACCUAAUGGAUGACUCGGCUACUAUUGAUGAGAUUUGCAGUGCCGCUUUGCGAGAUGUGGCCAAGAAUAUCACAGCCAAUAGUCGUCGGUUGUUGAACUCGGACAAGUUUAAUGGGAUGAAGCUCAAGUUCGAUGAGGAAGAGGAGUUUGCCAACUCCAACUCCGAUUCCAAUAUGGUGGUGGAAAUGAGCUUCGAUACCUAGAAAACAUAUAUUAUGUUAAUCAUUAAGUUUAGCUUCGACUGUAAAGUCAGGCAAACAUGUCUCAUGCACUUGAACUUAAUUCGUGGCCAGAGCAAACACAGAUGUUUAUGCUUUGAUCGGUACUUUUCUGAUCUGUUCUGGCUAAUGAGCGAAGUCUUGGGAUUUUCAAGCUCUGUUUUUCCCACCAUCAAUUGAAGUCACCGCCAUGUGAAUAACAUUUAGUAUUUAAGAAUGCGCAAAAGUCUCAUUUGAAUCAUAUUAGUUCGGGCCAGCCAAGAGUGGUCCUAGACAAGUUCUCUCAAUCAUUCUGUAACUUAUACUCCUAUAUAUACGAUUUAUUGUAAUUAAAGCUAGUUUAGUCUGUGAAAA